CUGGGUUACACCAGGAGAGACCAGUAGAAUAUGCGCCUGGGUUACACCAAGAGAAACCAGUAGAAUAUGCGCCUGUGUUAAGCCGGGAGAGAACAGUAGAAUAUGUGCCUGGGUUACACCGGGAGAGAACAAUAGUAUAUGUGCCUGGGUUACACCAGGGGCAGACCUGUGCUACUGAGCUCCUAGGCCUCUGGAAGUUUUUGGAGCCUGCAGUGUUUCCUGGAAGGUCUCCCAGGAGAGGAUGGAUCCCCCUGGGGAGGAUGAUGAAGGCGAUCCCCUGGCUUCAGGGUCUGGUGGAGGCCCUAGUGAUCUGGGCCUGGCAAAGGCUGUGAUGGCAACAGCCCAGUCUGAUGUUGAUGGGGACAGUGCAUCUGUGCAAUGUGGUCUGAUGACUUCGGGUCCUGUGAAGGAACAGGAUCCCCAAUUGGAUCCCCCCAAACUGCAGGUUGCUGACUCUUUGAGUGAAGUAACUCAGAUAAUGCCACGUUCCUUUUUGGUAAAGAGUAAGAAGACUCACACUUACCAGCAGCACCGCUACACAGAGGACACGUUGCGGCCUGGAGAAAGUACUCUCACAGCAUUGUAUCAUGGUCAGCAUGCCGGGGAACCACCUGAAGUCCAUUCAUUGUGUGAUGCCCUAAAAGUAAAAGAAAAUACUGCUGAGGACUUGACCAAGAAUAAGUCUCAUGACUAUCCAGAAGAUGACAGGGGAAAGCCAUUGUUUAUGAGCAGAAGUAACUCACCAGCUUCAUGCCCAGGCAUCACCCUGUCCUCACUCCCUAUAAAGGCCUACAGCUCGCCGCCCCUGUCCACUUUCUACAAGCACAACUUUUCCUGGGAAACCCUGCACUCGGCUUAUAACUUCAAGCAGAUCCCCUCCCAUGUACAUCGCUCCAUAUUGCAGCACUCCAUAUACAGCGGCCCCCCUGCAGCUGACUCGGACUAUGACCACCCCAUUAAUUACAGCAUGGGAUACUCCCCGGCCAUGGACACUUACCACUGUGUAAAGUGCAGCAAAGUUUUCUCUACAUCCCAUGGUUUGGAAGUCCACGUCCGGAGGUCUCACAGUGGGACUCGGCCUUUUGUCUGUGAUAUCUGUGGGAAAUCCUUUGGUCAUGCAGUCAGCCUGGAGCAGCACCUCAAUGUCCACUCACAGGAGAGGAGCUUUGAGUGCAAGAUGUGUGGAAAGACAUUCAAGCGUUCCUCUACGUUAUCCACCCACCUGCUCAUCCACUCAGACACCCGGCCCUACCCCUGCCAGUUCUGCGGCAAGCGCUUCCAUCAGAAGUCUGACAUGAAGAAACACACAUACAUCCACACAGGAGAGAAACCUCACAAGUGCCAGGUCUGUGGAAAAGCUUUCAGCCAAAGCUCCAACCUCAUCACACACAGCCGGAAGCACACGGGCUUCAAACCUUUCACCUGCGACCUGUGUGGAAAGGGCUUUCAGCGGAAAGUGGACCUACGGAGACACAGGGAAAACCAGCAUGGACUGAAAUGACCACACUGCUGUUAAUGGCAGUGCCAUUCUAUGUCCAGACUGUCUGCACAUCUGCAUAGACCAGAUUGCUCCUUACAGAUGGUGCAAACACAUAAGGCUGCGUGCAGAUAUGCCACGGUCGGGCAUUACUCACAAUAGGCUUGCCACAUAAAGGAUUGGGGCACCACAUCAUGCAGGAUUAUUGCACUAUGGGGGUCAUUCCGAGUUGUUUGCUCGUUGCCGAUUUUCGCUAUGCUGCGAUUUGUUGCUAAAUGUACGCAGAGCGCAUGCGCUAAGUUAUUUUACACAAAACAGUAGAUUUGCUGGUGUUUGUGCGGCGCUUUUCAGUCGCACUGCUUAUCGGUGAAUGAUUGACAGGAAAGGGGCAUUUCUGGGUGGUAACUGAGCGUUUUCCGGGAGUGUGCUAAAAAAUGCAGGCGUAUCAGGUAAAAACCCGUGAGUGGCUGGAGAAACGGGGGAGUGGCUGGCCGAACGCAGGGCGUGUUUGUGACGUCAAACCAGGAACUAAACGGACUGAGGUGAUCGCAAUCUAGGAGUAGGUCUGGAGCUACUCAGAAGCUGCAAGAAAAUAUUUAGUAGCAGUUCUGCUAAUCUUUCGUUCGCAAUUCUGCUAAGCUAAGAUACACUCCCAGAGGACAGCGGGCUAGCGUUUGCACUGCUGCUAAAAGCAGCUAGCGAGCGAACAACUCGGAAUGAGGGCCUAUGUGUAAAACUCUUUGGUUCAACAUAUAACAUCCUGACCCAUGACCUAUAGCAAAUGUGGCUUCUACCAUUUAUCCAAUAACCCCAAUGGACUCAGAUAAUACAGAAGAGCUGUCAGUCAUGGCACCUGGGGAAAACUUUGCUUUGUACAUUUUUAUUUAUGUAUAAACUCAACUAUAAGUAUCCUUUUUACUGCACAUGUAUGCAAAUUUAUAUCAAACUUUAUUGUAAUAUUAAUUUUAAUUUAAUAAAAUAUUUUAUGAG